CCAACUUUGUAAAGCAUGUAACAACAGAUAGGCCUAUCAGUGGGACACUCAGGCCUGCAUCAUUUGGUACCAUAACAGGUCACUCAAAGAGGUGUGAGAUACAUCAACGAAAACUUUUUUUCAGUAGCUUUUAUGUUGUCAUGGCCCGGGGUAAACAAAGUCGUGGACGCAGUUGGACUGUGACGGCGAGCACAGACGCAACAAUUGCAGAAUAGGCCUGCUGAGUACAAAUCGAAAUUCUUACCACUCGGCACGGACAGCGUUUACCGCAAAACAACUCUCUCUAAGUUCUUCCCUUGUGUCGACUAGAUAUCACUCAAUAUAUAAAAACACUUAUAAUAUCACCCGCAGAGUUUUAAGUCAUGUUACGACGUAGCGCCCGCCUGGUGACAGGUGGGUCCUACCAGCAGUCUGAUGACUCUGACAGCAGCUCCACCAGCCUCUCCUGUAGACAAAGCCCUGUCCACAAGGCAAUCAAUAAAAGGAGGAAUAGGACCUUCUCUGACUCUUUAAGCACCAGCUCAUCCUAUGCUGGCCUCUCCCACUCCGCUAACGAGCCAAUCUCGAAUGGACAGCAGUGCAGAGGUAUGGCUGGGGCGCUGAGAGCAGCCUCUGGUGGACCCUGCGCCCCUGUGUUCGUCCAGACCCCUGCCUCAGCCAGGACCCCUCACUGCCUCUCCAGCUCAUCUGGUCCCAGCAGCAGCUCCACCUCCAGCAGCAGCCUCUUUAUGAGCGUACCUGCACCAUGCCGCACGCGGUGUUCGGUUGGUGCUGCUGUCAACAAAGCUGUUCUGGACCUCCUUUUUAUCUCCUUAUUCACUAUCGGAUUGUGGUACAUGUACCCAGUACUGACUUACGUGUUUACUCUGCCUCUGAAGAUUACGGAUAGAACCAUCUCUACAAAUCUCCCUGUUACUGAUUCCACUCUAGAAAACCAACUCACCAACAUUCUGACACAAAUGGAACUCCUGCAACAAAAAGCUUUUGAGAGAGACCUUGAACUUCAGAAGGUGCAAUACCUUUCAGAGUGGCUGCAGACUGAUGUGAAGGAUAUCCAAAUUAGACUUGAGAAGCUGGACACAGACCUGAGUCGACAGAUGUCAGACAUCCAUUCCAUUACCACAACACUACGACAGAGGAUGGAGGAACGGGAGAUCAACACUGUCAAGCUCCAGCAGGCCCAAAUGUCCUUGACUCCCCCAGGCCCGGCCUCUUCCCCCUCCAGCAGCAUCACCCCUGAACUGGAGAAAGAGCUGGACAAGUGGCUCUGCAGAAAAAACAACCAGUAUCGUGACAUACAGCCCAAUUGGCAGGAUUGUGUUCGAUCACAGGCCGACAAACGGGCUGACUUUGCCAUUGAGUCCCAAGGUGCCAGUGUCUUACAGGCCUCUGAGACCUACCAGAAACGUUCCACAUGUUUGAAGUUUUUUGGCAUUCCUCUGUUUUAUCCAUCGGAGUCACCUCGGACAGUCCUUCAGGGUAACCAUGUGAUGAAGCCUGGACGCUGCUGGCCCAUGCCAGGGUCUCAGGGCUUUUUGGCAAUCUCCCUGUCUCACCCAAUCGCAAUUAGCCACGUCACUCUUGACCACCUCCCUCGCUACAACCACCCGACCGGCGAGAUCCACAGCGCCCCCAAGGACUUCCUGGUCUACGGCACGUCUGUUGAAGGUGGAGAAAAGACUCUUCUAGGAACUUUCACGUACGACAAGGAUGGAGACUCCAGCCAGACCUUCCAGAUUCCUAGCGCUGACGAUACCGUGUAUCAUUCUGUGGAGCUGCGUGUCCUCAGUAACUGGGGCAACCAGGAGUACACCUGCCUGUACCGCUUCCGUGUACAUGGUCAGACCCCCCGCAGCUCCUGAGCCCCCCUGCCUGCCACGCCCCAUCA